GCGCGCGUGUGUACAAUCUCGGAUUAAGGCUAGCGGGACUGCAGCGCGAGCGCUUCGCCUGCUAGCAUAACCGCCACGGAGGAGGCGUAGAAGGAGCGAGGAGGAAGAGGUGGAGGAGGAGGAACAGCGGGGAGGUCGGGGGCCUCGGGUGCGCAGAACUGUGGAGGGUGAAGCCAAGGAGGAGAAGAGGAGAUGAAAGGAGUAGAAAACGACACGAGCGCGAUUUAAAAGUUCGCGGUGGGGGAAAUUCGCCGGAGGGAGAGCUCCGUUAGAAGAAGCGAAAGAGGAGGAAGAAGUGGUGGAAGAGGAAGACAAGGGGCGAGUUCGGGGACCCUCAGCGAGGACAGCGGUAGAGAGUGUAGAAGAGGGGAAGAAGAGGAGAGAAGAGGAGGAGAGAGGGACACCGGCGAGAUUUAAACGUUAAAAACUCACCGAGAAGGCUAAAAGCUCCGGUUUCUAGACGCUUCGCCUCGUUGUGUGUGGAGCAGCAGGUUGAGAGAGAGGGAGACGGAGAGAGAGAGAGAGAGAGAGAGGGAGAGAGGGAGAGAGAGAAAACUCUGAAGCAGUCUGAACUCUCUCCGCGCUGCUGGCAGACUUCGCUGAAGUUUCUUUUUGUUUUUUUCUCCUUCGGUAUCACCGAAGAAACGGAGCCGUACCCGUUCCCCGGCUCUCAUCCUCCCUCUCCGCGUGUUACCAGUUUUUUCACUCGAAGCCUUGAAGGGGAGAGAGCAUGGGUGUCUGAGGCUGCUGGCGAGUUUCCCCUGCACAACCAUGGCCACAGAAUCGUAUCUGGUGCAUGAAGAGGCGAGCAGAGGAGCCGGGCUAGCGGAGUGUUUCCUCGUUCCCGACACUUACAGGGAUGAGUUCCAUCCCUUCAUCGAGGCGCUCCUGCCGCACGUGCGUGCCUUCUCCUACACCUGGUUCAACCUGCAGGCACGCAAGCGCAAGUACUUCAAAAAGCACGAGAAGCGCAUGUCCAAGGACGAGGAGCGUGCUGUGAAAGACGAGCUUUUGGGAGAAAAGCCUGAAAUAAAGCAGAAGUGGGCCUCGCGCCUGCUGGCCAAGCUCCGCAAGGACAUCCGGCCCGAGUUCCGCGAGGACUUUGUGCUCAGUGUGACGGGCAAAAAGCCGCCAUGCUGCGUCCUCUCCAACCCGGACCAGAAGGGCAAGAUGAGGCGCAUUGACUGCCUCCGACAGGCCGACAAGGUGUGGAGGCUGGACCUGGUCAUGGUCAUCCUCUUCAAGGGCAGCCCGCUGGAAAGCACGGACGGAGAGCGGCUGGUGAAGUCGCCUCAGUGCUCCAACCCCACCCUCUGCGUCCAGCCGCACCACAUCGGCGUCUCCGUCAAAGAGCUGGACCUCUACCUGGCCUACUUUGUCCACUCGCCAGAAUCAGCACAAUCAGACAGUUCCAGCCAGCAGGCAGACUCGGACAUCAAACCUCCACCAAACGGACAUUUGAGCUUCCAGGAUUGCUUUGUAACAUCAGGGGUUUGGAACGCGGCCGAGCUUGUACGAGUGUCACAGACCCCGGUUGCCACGGCGUCCGGUCCUAAUUUUUCAUUGGCUGACCUUGAGAGUCCGGGUUACUACAACAUCAACCAAGUAGCGCUGGGCCGGCGCUCGCUGACAUCACCACCGUCUACCAGGUGGUGCUCCAGGGCCGAGGUGGAGCUGUACGCAAGUCUUCCUCGGAGCUCCACUAAGCGUAAGUCUAUAGAUGACAGUGAAAUGGACAGCCCAGUGGAUGACGUAUUUUAUUCCACGCGCUCUCCUGCUGGCACCAGUUCACAGUCCAGCGGCUGGCCCAACGAUGUGGACACAGUGCAGCACCACUUGGCGAGCAUUCAGGAGAGGAAGAUUAAACAUGAAAAUGAUGGCGUGCAGUUUCCUUACCAUGGGCUGUCCUCUCCCGGGUCUCUAAAGAAGCCAUCGGGGAAAUUCGAUUUCGGCGCCCUGUCGGCUCAGACGAGGUCCCCCCGCAUGGCCUUCACACACCACCCACUGCCCAUGCUGGCGGGAGUGAGACCAGGGAGUCCCCGUGCCUCUGCCUCAGCCCUCCAUUUCCCCUCUCCCUCUAUCAUCCAGCAGUCCAGCCCGUACUUCACUCACCCCACCAUUCGCUACCACCACCACCAGGACCCGCUCAAGGAGUUUGUUCAGUUCGUCUGCGCUGAUGGCACAGCCCAGCCUGGCGCUCAGCCUAACGGGAGCGGUCAGAGUAAAAUGUCCGGCUCUUUCCUGCUGCCUCCGCCUCCUCCGGUGGCGCGGCCGGUGCCCCUCCCCAUGCCCGACCCCAAACCCAGCCACACACACCCCGACGGGGGACUCGGCUCACCCACAUCACCCUCAUACUCCUCGCCAAGCUCCACAGCUUCCAACAGGUUUGUCGGCAUCGGAGCACGGGACAACUUUCUAAACAUCCCACAGCAGACACAGUCUUGGUUCCUUUGACAAGAUCCUUCUGAAACACACAGACAUGAGGUCUGUAGCCGAAACGGGAAACACAAAGCUAGGUAUGGACUGCAAUUAGCAUAUCACACACCCCAAUUGACUUAAACCUGCAAGCACCCUGAAACCUUCAACAUGAGCCCCGUAAUGAGGAAUCCAGAAACCUUCCAUGUGAUUCUUCGUACCUGAAACACUUCCACAUGAUUCUACAAAAAGCCUGAAAAACUUCCACACGAUUCUUCAAAAACCUGGAAGUCUGCAUGAUUCUGCAAAUCUGGUAAGAGAAAAUAAAACAAACCAGAUAACAAUGACACAGAUCGUGUCAUGGAAUGGAUGAUGUUCGGAAACCGGAAAACUCUUUUGAAUAAAACAAACAAACAAAAUAAGACUUGAUUCCAUUCAGGAUGAAAAAAGAGACAUCUCACUAAGUCUUUAUAAUGUUACCAAGGCAACCUGAAUAUUGACCAAUCCUACUUUUUUCAUCCGUCAUUUUUCUUGUUUUCAAUCAUCCACCAAUCACGCAGCAAGAGAUUCCGUUUUCACUCAGCCACAGUUUUAGCUGGUUGGUUGAGAUUUAAUAAUUGCUGUACUUUCUGUCCAAUGAAAAAUAUGUCAAAGGACGAAUUACCUGGAUUAAUUAAUUCCGCCUGCAUGACGUCAUCUUCAUUCUCCACAUCGAUCAUCUACACCAUUCAGCCGUGCUUCACCCUUAAGCCAGUGGUUUGAGCAUGGCCAGACCCAUCUGAUUGGACGAGAAAUGCACCGCUCUGAUUGGCUUGCUUCCAGUUGGCCAGCUUCCAGUGGGGGAUGCUAUCCAAAUAUGUUUGACAUGCACAAGAAAUUUCUGUGACUGAUUUCUUGUCACAUAGUGACUGACUGACAGGGACACAACGUUUGAUGUGAAGUUUACCCUGUACACGUAUGCACUAUUCAAAAUGAGAUUUGAUAAGGGAUGACUUUUGUGUGGGGGUUAAAAUACUGUGAUCAGUACUGGCAGCAGGGCGAGCUAGCUUUGUGAUAAAACUUCUUUGUUUUGUUGUCUUUUUUUUUUUGGCAAGCAGGCUGUCGCAGCACAAUAGGGUCGCCUUGGCACCCUUUCUCACUCUUAUACACUCACAUACACACAAACACACUGAACACAAACACGUCUUUCCUAGCAAUACAGUACAAAAAAACAAACAAAAGUUAUUAGGGGUGGGCAAUAUGGCACAAAUAUAAUAUCACAAUACACAUCGUCAUAAUACGCAACACAUAUUAUAUUUAGUUUUUCUGUGGUUUGAUGAGUUGGAAAAAAGCCUCAGUAGUGCCACAUUUCAAAAAUACUGUCAAAAACUAAGAACAACACUGUGCUGCACUAAAUCCAAUUAAACAGGAUUUAUUAUGCUUUAAAUAUUAAUAAUGUCCACAGAAUUCUCAAAAAAGCACAUUUCUUGUUACAGUAAAAUAAUGCCAUAUUUCCCACCCCAGCAACAUGCAACUGACCACCUACAAUCAAGUUUGUCAUUAUCAGCUAAUCACAGUAAUAUCGAUAUUAGCAAUAGACCGAAGACAGUGAUGGAUAAUGUUGUAUGAAAUAAAAGUGUUGUAAGGCCUUUAUGAAUGCAUGAUGCUCUUGUUAUAGUCAGCCAUGGUAGUUACAAUGCUGUGGCACAAUUAUAACAACAUCGAAUAAGAGAUUUGUUAACACUUUACUAAAAGGCAGCAUUUGUAAGGCUUCUUUACAAUGACAUAAGCCCGUAACGGCGACUGACAUAAUACUCUAUAAACAUUUAUAAAGGCAUAAAGGCUGCUUUUGUCCAUGCUGAUGUUAUUUCACCUCAGACAUUUGUUGGAAUGAGCCUUUUUAGGUGUUUAUGUAGGUUUUUGUCAGAUUUAUAGGUGUUGUGUAGCCUUAUGAACGCCACUCUUAUGCUGCGCUCAUGAAGGGUUUAUGACGCAUACCAUUACAGUAUGUACUACCGUCCUUCAGUUUCAGUGCUACCAUUUCAGUGUCUAAACAUUAGUCAGAAGUUCAGAAAAAAAGUCUUUCUCUGCUGAUAUUCUUCUGGGUUUUUCUUUUGUUUUGCAGUUGGCUUUGUUUUGUUUUCUCUCAUUGUCUUUUUGGUUUAGUUUUAACCGGUGUCCUUUUGUGUUGUCUUGGUUUAUUUUUGGCUACAGAACUGCUGCAUGCGAGUUUACUUUGGGUUUGCUUACAUUUCCUGUCCCAGUUAACAACAACAAAUAUUUUAGGAUGACUUCAUUUUUCAAAACCAUAGCAGCUGGAUAAUAUCAACAUUUCUCUUGGGAUUACAUGGUUUAGGGUUGUUGCUAUAGCGACAGCCUCCUUCAUCAGUACUAUAUCAUACCCUGCCCUCCGGUCGCUUUCAUCCUCAGUGCUCACUCCCUGUCCAAGAUGGAGGUUGCUCUUCAUAUCGCUGACAUCACUUCCUGCAUGUUCUGUUUCUGUGAUUGAGUUCAUCAUUCAACAGCUGCCAGUUUAAUCCAUAAUGUCCUGCAUAGCAACGCCAGUAAUUGUGGUGUGAGCAUCACAGAUCUAAAUGGAGCAUAUGCACACACACACACACACACACACACGCAUAUACACACAAACAUGAAAGCACACACUCAGUUUGCGCUAUGACAUACAACUGAAACCCUUAAAACUAACAAAGGGACGCUUUUCAUUCAGCUUGGCCCAUGCUAUUCCUCAUACGAUUAUUCUUAUUUAAUCUCAACAUGAACAAACCAAUAACAGCAUUAGUGUCAUAAUCCAGCAAUACACUACAUACACUCUAAACUAGGGCUGUCACAAUUGACUGUAUUAGUAUUUGAGUAAUUUGCCAUCUUUUUGUCUAGAUGUAGUUUCAGGCCCUAUUGACCUGAUUUUCUUGAACAGCUUCAUGAGGAGCCUCCUGAAAUAAAGAAGAUACACACAUGCUGAGACCCUGUUGUCACUGAAAACCACUUGUUUUCCAUUUUAAAUUAAGUACAGUAAGUUUUAAUUUUUCUAGAAGUUUCAUACAUAAGCAUCUUUUCACUAUUUGCAUUUUUAAGGUUAAUAAAAAUAUAUCAUUGUUGUCUGAACAAAACUUCACCUCUCCAAAAUGGUGACUUUACAGGAGAAGGAAAAAGCAUACUUUACUUUUAAUGUAAGUCAAUGGAACCAGAUGUUUUUUCCAAGUAAUUUUGGGCUGUUUCAUUUGGACCAUUUGUCAUGAAAUUUAUACACAAUUUACAGCAGCAAUAUUCAGUUACAUGUCGAAUUGUGUCUGUAUAUGUACGCUGUGUACGCUGAUUCAUCGGGAAGGUACAUUUUAAUGGUAAUUGUGACAGCCCUAGUCAUAAACACUACAUAUAUGCGCUCAAAACCACUGCUAUCACAAAAUAACUGGACUGCCUGGCUGUCAGUCACAUGUCAGGGAUUCUCGUUGGCUGAGACCAGCUCAAAGCCCCGCCCCCUCUUUGGCUCUUCCACGCAGCUCAGUAAAAUUCCCCACCAUGCGUCAAAGUGCCUCUGUAUCCCCCCUCUAUAUGCAACUUAUCUGGCAUUGAUUUCAGGGUGUGUACUCUGUGUAUAAGCUACAGAAUUAAUGUACUAUAAUGUAUCAUGGCUUAGCAAGAACCAGAACAUAGGAGACUGGAAACAUCGCAAUUUAUAAAUAUAUAUAUUAUCCAGACUUAAUAUCAUUCUCGUACAUGCUGUAUAUAUAUGGAAAUAUGUAUAGUAGCUCUUCUAUGAAAUAUGGCAGUCUAGUUAUUUUUUGACAUUUUUCCCAGUCAGUGAUGUCAUCUCACAUUGUCCUCCAGGUCAAAAAGAAAAUCAUCAUCCAACCCAUGAAAAAAAAAAACAUCACCAUAGUGUGAGUUAUCACUCCUGGUCCUGGCCUGUAGGUGAAACGAUACAAAACAC